GAAGAGCCUCAGGGCCCUUUUGGAGAAAAAUAUUAGUAAAAAACUAAUUUCUUCUCCUAUCUUUCUUCUCCGCCUUUUCUCUCUCCUUAGUUUUCUCUCUUCAAAUACAGCAAUGGCGACUUCGUCUAGAAGAUCGAGCGGACCAGUGCUACCAAUCGCGUCGACGUUUCAACGUUCAAUCUCGCCGUCCGGCCGCUUUUACAAAUCAUCAUCGUCAGAAACGUCGUCGUUUGCGUCAUCGACAAGCUCUAGCUUUUGUUCAUCUCCAUCGUCUGGUUUCUUCCACCGUUCUUCUUCUCCUACUCGUGUGAACCUCCAUGGAUUCGCUCCUCUUGCAACGUCACCGUCCGUGCGGUUAUCGAUGGACAGAUCGGUCUCUCCUUGCCGUUCGAUGGCGGUUUUGCCUCGAGAUCAGGUGGUCAGAAAGCAGAAUAGCCAUCCGAUGAAGAAUCUACCAAAGAAGAUGUGUAUGUGCUCACCUACGUCGCAUCCAGGUUCGUUUCGGUGUAGUUUGCACAAGAACUGUAACAAUACUCAGUCAAUUUCGUACUCGCCGAAUAGAUUGAAUGCUCGGAGAUCUGCGAUGACGAAUUCCCUGGUUCGGAUCGGGACAGUUGAAGGCGAUUUGGUGAAGAGAGCUUUGGCGGCUCUGAUUCGUCCUUCGUCACAUCAACAAAGACGCCGAGCCGCUUUUCAGCCACGGCCGAGUCGGCUUUCUAUCAUGUCCAAGGCUGAUGACCUAGUUUCUGGUGGAAGAGAAAUGAUGCUCCGGGCGCAGCGAUCAGAUCCCGGCUACUGGAUGCAGAUUCCGGCGAGUUUGGUUGAGGUUUUUUUUGUUUCCGGCUGGUCGAAACCCUAG